AUGUGCAACAAAUUCCUGGGCACCUGGAAACUUGUCUCCAGUGAGAAUUUUGAUGACUAUAUGAAAGCUCUAGGUGUAGGGUUGGCCACCAGAAAAUUGGGAAAUCUGGCCAAGCCUAGUGUGAUCAUCAGCAAGAAAGGGGACACUAUAACUAUAAGAACAGAAAGCACUUUUAAAACUAUGGAGAUCUCCUUCAAGCUAGGUCAGGAAUUUGAAGAAACCACAGCAGAUAAUAGGAAAACAAAGAGCGUUGUAACCUUGGAGAGAGGCUCCUUGAAUCAAGUACAAAAGUGGGAUGGUAAAGAGACAACAAUAAAGAGAAAACUGGUGAAUGGGAAAAUGGUCGUGGAAUGUAUGAUUAAAGGUAUAGUGUGCACCAGAAUCUAUGAGAAGGUCUGA